GCAAAAAUGCUUAAUCUAUAGUGACAAGAAACGACAUCGUUUGAUGUGGAGCUUGAUAAUAUAGCAAUUCGUUAUUAUUGCAACAGAAAAUUCAAUCUCCGUUCGAACUCCCGCCAAAAUUCUAACUUGAGUGCUUAAAAAAAAGAAAAACUUUAGCUUUUGAGCAUUUUUGCAAGAAAUUAGAAUUGAAUGAGUUUAUGGCAGAGAAACAAAAGGAGUCUUUUCUAUUUACAUAUCAGUCCCAAAUCUGUUUCUCUUAUAAAUAUGCUUCAACUCUGCAGCAACUUAAAAUCACUACACGCAGGCAAGCAGAUUCACCAACAAAUCACAGUAUCUGGGUGGGGCAAGGAUCCUUUUAUGCUGACCAAAUUGAUCCAAAUGUAUGCAGAUUGUGACCAUUUGUUCUCUGCGCAGAGAUUGUUUGAUAAAAUGCCGCAGCCAAAUGUUUAUGCUUGGACUGCGAUUUUCGGGUUUUACUUGAGACAUGGAAUGUAUGACAAAUGUGUGCAGAAUUAUGGGUUCAUGAAAUAUAGCGACGUUUUGCCUGAUAACUAUGUGUUUCCAAAAGUGUUAAGAGCGUGUACGCAGUUGUUGUGGUUCGAAGGAGGGAUUUGGAUCCAUAAAGAUGUUAUUGUUUGUGGGUGCGAGUCUAAUUUGCAAGUUUGCAAUUCAUUGAUUGAUAUGUAUGUGAAAUGUGGAAAUGCUAGGAGUGCUAGGUUGGUUUUUGAGGAAAUGGAGGAGAGAGAUUUGUUUUCAUGGAAUUCGAUGAUUUCAGGAUACGUGUCAAAUGGGUUAGCAGAUCUGGCUGUGGAGCUUCUAAAUUGUAUGAGAUUAGAUGGUUUUGAACCUGAUGUUGUGACUUGGAAUACUUUGAUGGAUGCCUAUUGUCAAAUGGGGCGUUUUGAUGAAGCUUGGGAAGUUCUUAAACAGAUUGAGCAGCCUAAUAUCAUCUCUUGGACCACUUUGAUCUCUAGUUAUUCUAAGAUUGGAGAGCAUGAUAUGUCAUUAAGGGUAUUCCAAGAUAUGAUCAUUAGAGAAGUUGUUUCUCCUGAUUUAGAUUGUUUGUGUAGUGUCCUUGUCUCAUGCCGGCAUAUUGGUGCUUUGAGGAGUGGGAAAGAGAUACAUGGUUAUGGGACAAAAAUGGAAACUAACACUGUGUUUUAUAGUUCAGCUGGUGCUGCUUUGCUCACAAUGUAUGCUAAAUGUGGUAGAAUUCAGGAUGCUAUAAAUGUAUUUGAACUGAUGGACAAAUCUGAUAUUGUUACUUGGAAUGCUAUGAUUCUUGGCUUUGUUGAACUAGACUUGGGAAAACAGGCCAUUGAAUGUUUUCGUGAGAUGCAAAGAAUGGACAUUAAGAAUGAUCAAACAACGAUAUCUACCAUUUUGCCUGUGUGUGAUUUACAAUAUGGGAACCCAAUUCAUGCCUAUGUCAGGAAAAGCAUCACUCUGAGUUCAGUUGUUACAGUUUGGAAUGCAGUGAUACACAUGUAUUGCAAGUGUGGAUGCGUGAGAUCUGCAUAUACCAUAUUUUGUAGCAUGCCCAACAAAGAUGUAGUUUCAUGGAACACAAUGAUUGGAGGAUUUGGCAUGCAUGGGCAUGGCCAGGCUGCACUUAAACUUCUGAAAGAGAUGAUUCUGUCAGGCAUUUUCCCUAAUUCUACAACGUUCACUUCUGUGUUAUCAGCUUGUAGUCAUUCAGGUCUUGUAGAUGAGGGCUUUAGACUUUUUCGCAGCAUGACUGAAGACUAUUCAAUAACACCUAGAAUGGAACAUUAUUCUUGUAUUGUUGAUAUGCUAGCACGUGCUGGUCAGUUUGCAGAUGCUGUCACUUUUAUUCACAAAAUGCCUCUAGAACCUGAUAAGUCCAUUUGGGGAGCUUUACUAGCUGCAUGCCGAGCCUAUCAAAAUCUUGACUUUGGAAGGCUGGCUGCCGAACAGCUAAUCCGCAUGGAACCUAAAUGUGCAGGCCAUUAUGUGACAUUAUCAAAUAUAUAUGCUAGAGCUGGAAGAUGGGAUGAUGCAGGAAGGGUGAGAAAAGAAAUAGAAGGCAAAGGACUGGUCAAGCCAUCAGGGCAAAGUUUGAUUGAAACUAGGGACUGAGAAAAUGUAUAUUAACUUUCAAUAGUUUUCUAAAGCAUUCCAUAGGGUUCAUAAAGUGAGGUCCUGUGCUUAGUCAGUUGAGAAUGCAUGAAGGAACAUGCAAGUUCUAUUUGCUGAUUUGACUAUCUAUCUGAGAAUUAGAUAGAUUCUGGAAACUGGGGACAUUUGGACUCGUCUUAAAAUUUUCAAAACCAAGAUUUUUUAAUCAAGGAUUCCCCAUUCCCUUCUCUAUUAUAUUAUAUAUACUCCUCCUCCUCCUAUCUUUGCUUUCCUCAUUGUCUUCCCAUUUGAGUAGAUCAUUCACUGUUGCUCUGGUCUGAGGCCAGUCACAUUAACUACGCCAUUGAACUUCUCCAGGGGGCCUGCUUCUUUAUCCUUGAUGACCUCAGGCUUGUGUUUCAAAUGCUAAGGCAGGUUCAUAUCUAAUACUUUAUCUUGGUUUGCUCUCUAUUUGAUGAUUGAGAAAUUGUGGAGAAGUUCUCUAUGCUUGUUGGAUGUGACCUUUGUUUGCUAUAACUAUAGAUGUGAAUUACAAGAGCUUUAUUUUGUUUCUUCUCCCCUUGUUCUGAGUCUUGUGUGACAACCAAAUAUUGGAGUUA